AUGUCCCAGCGAGGGGGACGCAGGAGGAGGCCUGGGGCCCGGGGGCCUCCGCUGUGCAGCGUCCGGCCCUUUAAGUCCAGCGAGCAGUACCUGGAGGCCAUGAAGGAGGACCUGGCCGAGUGGCUCCGUGAUCUCUACGGGCUGGACAUCAGCGCCGCCAACUUCCUGCAGGCGCUGGAGACGGGCCUGGUGCUGUGCCGGCACGCCAACGCCGUCACCGAGGCCGCCCUGGCCUUCCUGGCUGCGGCGCCCGUCCGCGCCCGGAGGGUUCCCGUGCCCCGGGCCCGGGUGACCUGCAAUGACGCCGCCCGGCCAGGCACCUUCCAGGCCCGGGACAACGUCUCCAACUUCAUCCAGUGGUGUCGCCAGGAGAUGGGCAUCCAAGAGGUGCUGAUGUUCGAGACGGAGGACCUGGUGCUGCGCAAGAACGUGAGGAGCGUGGUGCUGUGUCUGCUGGAGCUGGGCCGCCGCGCCUGGCGCUUCGGGGUGGCGGCGCCCACCCUGGUGCAGCUGGAGGCCGAGAUCGACGAGGAGCUGCGGAGGGAGCUGGCCCUGCCCCCGCCCGACCCCCCGCCGCCGGCGCCGCUGCGGCGCAGGCCCUGCCACUUCCGCAACCUGGACCGGAUGGUUCAGAGCCUCGUGAGCCACUGCACAUGCCCAGUUCAGUUCUCCAUGGUCAAGGUGUCCGAGGGGAAGUACCGUGUGGGGGACUCCAACACCCUCAUCUUCAUCCGGGUCCUCCGGAACCACGUGAUGGUGCGAGUCGGGGGCGGCUGGGACACCCUGGGCCAUUAUCUGGACAAACACGACCCCUGCCGGUGCACAUCCCUCUCACACAAGCCACGCAGCUUCCUGAAGCCCCCAGCCCCGCCGGUGCAGCACGAGGUGCGGGUGCUGGAUGGGCCCUGGCAGCCGCAGCCGAGGAUGACGGUCAGCCGCUCUCAGAGCCCGCCGCCCCCUGUGGACUGGAGGACGUACACCUCUUCGGGCCGGAAGCUGAGGCCCCCCGCCUCCUCCCCCACGCCUCGCCGUGAACGGGGAGCAGGGGCGGGGGCCCACAGAGAGGCAACGCCAUUCCUAAGGAGCCAGGAGAGGCCACCCACCCCACCUCCGAGGCGGCUGCCAGCUGAGGACAGCUCACCCAGACCCCAAUCCUCACCCACCCCCAGGGGCCGAGACCCACAGUGCACCUCCUCAGGGAGGAGGGCGGAAAGACACCCCUUUGAACUCCCCAGGGGAAGGACUCCUACGUCUUGGGUUCAUGGGGAGACAGACAGCUGGGGAACCCAUUCCAGGGCCUCCACCCCCCAGAGACUCCGAGCCCCUGAGGCUACUGCCCCAGGGAUGCCAGCACGAGGACCGUCUCCCCUGCCUGGUUACUCCAGUCCCUCAGCCAGGCCCCCGGGCUCCAGGAAGCCGCCUCGGGGGGAUGCUCCCUCCCAGCUCAGGGAGCCAGUGCCUGUCCGUCCUCCAUCCCCUGCUAAAGGACCCACCGGGACCGCUGUCCAGCGGGCCCCCGCCCGACCGCCCACUCCAGGAGGCAGCCGUCCAGGUACUGCGCGUAGAGGUCUCACCACAGACCGGGAAAGAAGCUCCAGGCCACCCGGGGCCGCCGCUGGAGUGCUGGCUGGGCCCAGUCGUGGUGGGGACUGCUCGGUGGAAGGAAGGCCAGGGGUCCGGAAGCUGGACAUCUGGGUGACAGCAGAAGCUGAACAGUCUCGGGGCCUGGACACGCCUCUGACCCCGGGCGGGACCCGGAAGCCAGCCAUCUGCCACAGUCUUGAGGAGGAGCUUUUGGCCGACAUGAAGCUGCUAGAGGUGGGGACUACCCACCCCCAGGGCCCAGGUUCUGGCCUCAUCCCUCGCAGUGGAGUCUACGUCCCCGGCCUGGGGGGGCGGUGGCCUGAGCCUGGGGGUCCUUAUGACGAAGUCAUCCAAGAACUGGCGCGGGACCCUCCCCCCCUCACUAAAGUGGACCUGGGGGCCUGGAAGGCCACCCCUCCGAACUCCCCUAAGCUGGCAGUUACCACGGGCCCAGGAAGCCCAAGAGGGAAACUGGGAGCCAGAGAGAGUGGGCGAAGGUCAAAGGCAGCCCUGAGUGCCACGGACGCCGGGAUGAGGAAGGUCCCAGCUCCAGGAGGGCAGGACCGCUCAGCCCCUCCCGUGGGUGCCAGCCUGGAAGCCCCCGCACCUUCGCCCUUGGACCCAAAUUCGGACAAAGCCAAGGCAUGCCCAGCCAAGGGCAGGAGAGCACUGCGGAAGCCCAAGAGAGUACCGUCUAUCUACAAGCUGAAGCUGAGGCUCAGAAUCCGGCCCCGGAGAGACCACAGGCCUGAGAAGCAGCCCUCGCGAAUCCCUAAACCCCUGGCCUACCUCCGCCUGGGUCCAGCCAAGGCGCCCCCUAGCGGCAGGCUGGAAAGAGCGUCAGCGCUGGGCAGGAAGGGAGGGGAGGCAGCCCUGGUGGAUGGAGCCUGGGCAGGGGAGAAAGAGGAAGGAAAGGAGGAGAAAGAGCCAGCCAUUCCACGGGAGAGCAGACCCCAAUGUACAGAGGGCCUGGGGCCUCAGCGGCUGGAUCCACUCCCUCCCGAGGAAGAGUCCUGGGUCUAA